AUCAAAAAUCUGUGUAAUCUACACGAAGAAGAGAAAAAAAGUGAAGAUAAAGAAAAGCAUGGCAGCCAUGUCCAUGACAAUAAACGCAGUCUUCAACCUCUCAAAGGCCUUCCCUACCAGCAACACUUCACUCUCCCUCAGAUAUUCCCGCAAAGUCUCGAGGGUUUGCUUCACGCACGCCUCUAAACACUCCGAGGGCCAACAUGCCUCGGAAGGAAACAGAGACUCGGCGCACUGGUCCAGGGAGGUGCCCGUGACCGAUGAAGCAAAAGAAGCCGCAAAGGAAGGCGUGGAGAGAACCAAAGAACGUGCUCACGGAGUGAAAGAGAAAGCAAAAGAGUAUUCUCAGGAUGCCAAGGAGAAGACGAAGGAAGGCGCAUAUAGAGCGGCAGAGACGGCAGAGAGUGCAAAGGAGAGAGGCAAAGAGUACGCUUACGACGCAAAGGAGAAGACUAAAGAUGUAGCGGGUUCGGUGGCUGAUGAGGCCAAAGAAGGAACAGAUAGAGCUGCCGAGACGGCACACAGCGCUAAAGAGACAGCAAAUGAGUAUGCUUACGAUGCCAAGGAGAAGACCAAAGACACUGCGAGGUCUGUGUCUCAGAAAGCCAACGAAGGGGCGACGAGAGCGGCCGAGACAGCGGAAGAUGUUAAGGAGAGGGCCAAGGACAAUUUGCUAGGUGUGAAGGAGAAGACUGAACAAGUGGUGGGGUCAGUUACCGAGAAGGAGAAGGAGGAGACGUACAAGGCGACGGAGACAGUCCAGAAUAUCGGAGAGAAGGCGAAGCAGACGGUGAAGGAUGCGUGGGGCGCCGCCAAAGAGACUACGCAGAAGAUUAAGGAGACUGUGGCUGGGAAGGAUGAUGAUGAUGAUGGUUUUGGAGGGAAGACUAUGGACGAUGAUGUCGUGGAAUUGAGGCGUGGUGCUGGAAACCCAAAAAAAAAGAGCGAUUAAUGGGGUUUCUCUUCUUGCUAUAUUUCCUUAGCUCUAAUAACUGAGAGGUCAUGAUGAUAUGCUGUUUUUUCUUGC